AGGCCCAGCCACCGCCACCGCUGCCGCCGUCGAGCUCCGCCGCCGCCACCGCCACCGCCGCCGAGCACCAUGGGAGACGCCGGGAGCGAGCGCAGCAAAGCGCCCAGCCUGCCGCCGCGCUGUCCCUGCGGCUUUUGGGGGUCCAGCAAGACUAUGAAUCUCUGUUCCAAAUGCUUUGCUGAUUUUCAAAAGAAACAACCAGACGAUGAUUCCACUCCAAGUACAAGUAACAACCAAUCAGAUUUGUUUUCUGAAGAGACCACCAGUGACAACAACAAUACCUCGAUAACCACACCAACUCUAAGUCCCAGCCAGCAGCCGCUUCCGACAGAACUGAAUGUAACUUCACCGAGUAAAGAGGAAUGUGGGCCAUGUACAGACACAGCUCACGUCUCGUUAGUCACACCAACCAAAAGAUCCUGUGGUACAGAUUCACAGUCUGAGAAUGAGGCUUCACCAGUGAAACGGCCACGACUACUGGAGAGUACUGAACGGCCUGAGGAAACCAGCCGAUCUAAACAGAAGAGUCGACGUCGGUGCUUCCAGUGCCAAACCAAGCUGGAGCUGGUGCAGCAGGAAUUGGGAUCGUGUCGCUGUGGGUACGUGUUCUGCAUGUUACAUCGCCUCCCUGAGCAGCACGACUGUACGUUUGACCACAUGGGCCGUGGCCGAGAGGAAGCCAUCAUGAAGAUGGUGAAGCUGGACCGGAAAGUAGGGCGCUCCUGCCAGCGCAUCGGGGAGGGGUGCUCCUGAAGGCCAGGCUCGGCCGCCACAUGACGCUGUUCGUAGUUCACUAAUGUUAGCCUUAUUUAGGACAGAGUCAGCCCGACACCUUGUACUGGGCACAUGUCAGACUACAGCCAGUCUGUUUCCUUUCUUUAGCCAGCCAUCCUGGUACUGUAGUUUAGGGGUUGAUGGUGGUUGAAAUUGAUUUCUGGCUGGUUACUAAGGUGCCUGCUAGCCAUUGUAUAAAAUUAAAACAUGAAGAAUAUUUUUUUUGAGCAUGGCUAGUGGAUUUAAAACAACACAUACCUGUCACUGCUGGAGUCAAACUUAUAAAAAGCCUUAAGCGGAAAGUGUUCCAGAUGGAGACUCUGAGUUAAUAGAGGAGUAGAAGCUGGUGUUAAAGUUCCCACGACGCACAUGGCUUUGCCAGAAACUCUGUUUAAUGUUCGGCCUUUCACCUCUUCACUUAUCCUUAAUCCCAGUAGCCAGGACACCUGGUGGCCACAGGAGACUGGUGACAUUGGCCAUGUGGCUGGGCUGGGUGGUGGCCUUGCUCUCCCACAGAGCUGGAAAUGGGGGGUGGGGGGCAGAUUCUUACGGAAAUUUUUUUUACCUGAUUUGCUAUGAAAAAUCUCAUCCUACAAGAAGAGAAACAACCUCACUUUGAAAAUUAGCUCAAGACUAGUCCAUGCACAAGACCCAUCUUCUACAUAGGAUCCGUGGUCACGAGAAGCAGCCCCGUUGUCUGACCCCAGUGGCUCUGGUUGCCAUUUGCCAAGUGCAGGGACCUGGCAGUUGAUCAGAUAAGGCUUAUGGCAGCACAGCGGCUGUGGCCGGGGUCUGCAAAUGCCUUUUGCAGCCCGGUUUCUACAUGGGGAGUUGUUUUUUUUUAAAAAAGACGUUUUGUAGUCAACAGGCAUCGGGUGUGCUGGGGAAGCUGCAGCCCACACAGCCUCUGCCCUUGCAGCCGGAGCCUGCUCGUCCCUCCAGGGGCCUAGAGGAUGGCACUGUGGCCUCCCCUCUCAUUUCUAUGCAGUCCCAUAGUCCAAGGAUGGCCAGUCCACCUGUACCACAUGGCAUGUUUAGAAGGGAAGGCAGCAUGCUUCACAAGCACUGCGGGCUUGGGUCUCUGAACAGUGGUUUGCACCACGUCACAAGCCACACCACGUGGCGGCUGGGGCUGGAGGCUUGUGGGACGGCAAUGCCCAGCCUGUGCCUCUUCAUGUGGGCAGAGACUCAUUCAGUAGCUGUAGUAGCUUGGGCCAGAAGGGGAGAGGGGUGUGGGCCUGCUUGCCUGUGUCAGAAAAUCAUUACCCGUCAGCUGAGGAUGCCCUUGACAGCCUGCAUCAGGUGACAGGCGGUGCCCACACCCUGUCAGGUCCAGGUGGGCGAGGGCAGACGGCUCCUGCCAGGGCAGGGUGGGUGGCGCACACCCAUGCUACUGACUGCUUUAACCCAGCAACUUUCCUUUGUACAAAACACAAACAGUUCAUCCGCCUGCAAAUUAACCACAGAACACCUGCAACCAUAAAUGUUUUUGAUCCGAAAUAAUGAAAUAGGAAAUCAUGCUCUUUCCAACCUCCUCCUCCCACCACACCCUCCACCCCACCAGAGUGGAAUCCGCUGCAAAAUCUCCAGCCUUAAUUCUUGCUUCAGGACCCAGACCGGUGUCUUGCUCUCGGGCAGCCCAGAGCAGAGGUGCCAAGUCUGCCCAGCGUUUACCACUGCUGUCAAGCCACGGCCCUCUGGCCUCUCUGGCCAUCCUCCGUGAGGCGCCCACCCAGGCCCCCACCACACUCUAGCCCCAAAGAGGCCGCACAGUGCGCCCUCGCUGGCCUCCUCAGCCCAGCCGCUGCAUGGAGGCGGCCAAGGGGCAGAGGCGGUGCACACAGGGACUGCAGCCCACGUUCACUUCUGACGGCAGAGCCGGGUGGGGGAGGAAGGGCUUGUUCCCCUACAGUAUCUGUUCUGUGAAGUUUGUUAAAUGUAAGGAAAGCUUAAAUUCUUGUAUCUUUAAAGAGAAAAAUCUUAUUUAACCCUUUUGUGUUCUAGAUUUACUUACACACAUAGCCUAGAGCUCAGUUUUAGUUUUAACAUUGUGAAAAUAUUAAAAGAAUCUUGUAACUUUA